UCAACUCCAGCGGCCUGUGCUUUCUGCUCCACCUGUUGGCACAGAGACUUUCAAAUGAAUUAGCUCACAACACUUCUCGAAAGCCUUGAAAGUGGCUUCUUCUAGGAACCUGGAGAAAGUUAGCCAGCCUCUCGGGCCAGCGCACAGCCCUCUCAUUCACAUCUGCUCACUGCGUCCAGGCCCUGUGCUAGGUGCGGUGCCCACAAAAGCUCCUGCCCUGAGAAUCUGACGUCUCGGUGCAGGAUUAAGCGCACAGCGCACCUCUUCCCUGCGCCUCCUCCUCCUCCUCUUGAGAGCGUGCCUCUUCCCUGCGCCUCCUCCUCCUGCUCUUGAGAGCGUGCCUCUUCCCUGCGCCUCCUCUUGAGAGCGCAAGGUCUCCUGCAGAGGAAGGUGCCGGCAGCAUCGCGGCUGGGCGCUGUUGGUCUCUCUGGAAUCCACGCCUUCCUACUGAUGUUUAGAUGCAAUUGCACGGGAGAGAGCUUGCUGCCUUCUUCCAAGGUUAAAAAAUGUUGAGGCCAAAAAAGAUCCUCUCACCUCCUCCGUUUGUAGACCAAUGCUCUUGGCUCGUGGUUAAAGCCACAGGAAUUGCCAGCCUCGGGCCUCUAGUUUCACAGGAUCCCCCACCCUGUCCUCACUCUUGGGGAGAGACCCAGUGUGGCUUUACCUUUCCAGGGAAGCAUGAAGCUGGGGAAGUCAUGGGGAGGGGUCGGGCAUGCGCAGUGGAAGCAGGCGUCAAUCAGCCCCCGUCCGAGAGGCGCCUCUCAUGCCCCAGCAGGAGCCAGGCUCUCAGGAGUGGGCUGGCGUGUACUCACACCACCUGUCGCCCACAGCUGCCUCCCAGGACCCGGCAGUGCUGGCCUCAGGGUCUCGGUGUUUGUGUGUAGAUGCUGAGCCUCUCUGUCUUCACGUUUUGGAACAGAGGACUUCUACCUCCAGCUUUUGAUCAGCUUCCCUCAAAAUCUUUUCUGUUCAGCAGUCAAACGUGAGAUAGUAUAGACAACACCAGGAAACAGAUGCAAUUGUACAUAGGUAGAUGCUAUGCAGGAUGGACAGAAACAGACACACCAAACAGUUUAGAAAUGCAUCUCGGUCAGAUUGGGUGUGGGGAAAACUCGCUGGGCAGGGCGGCGGCUCCAGAGCUGUCCUAAUUCACAACUAUUUUUAGCAUGUGCUUUAGGAGAGAGACAUGAAAGGUUCACAGAUAGAAUUCAGCAGCAUAUGAAAAGAAUUACACAGCCAUGGCCGAGCGCGUUUUGUUCCAAUUAGAAAAUGAGCAAAAUACAUGAAAAGACAUUUCACUAAGGAGGGUGUACAGACGGCAAAGAACCAGGCGAAAAGAUGCUCCUCGCCAGCCUUCAGAGAGCCUGUGUUAAAGCACGGUGCCAUCAGAACGGAAUGAAAACCGAGACACCCAGUGCUGGCGAGAGGCAGAGAAGCUGGAUCCUCAUGCAUCACUGAGGGUGAGAGACGGCGCAGCCACUCUGAAGACCGUUUGGAAGUUCCUGUAAAAACUAAACAUGUAACUGUUCUGUGACCCGGCAGUUGCUCUCCUGGGCAUUUAUCCCAGUGGAUUGAAGACACUGUUCACAGAAAAACCUGAACUUGAAUGUUUGGGAUCUCCAGUACAGGACCUGACUACUGUUAUAUGCAGUGACUGGAAGCCUGUCCUGGGAGCCGAGGAGCAGUGCGAAAGCCGGGCACAGAAGGCCGCCUCCUGCACAUUCCCGGAUCAUGCUCUGGAGAGCACAGCCACGGCGUCGGGAUAGCACAGCCACGGCGUCGGGAUAGCACAGCCACGGCGUCGGGAUAGCACAGCCACGGCGUCGGGAUAGCACAGUCACGGCGUCGGGAUAGCACAGUCACAGCAUCAGGAUAGCACAGCGGCUGCCGUUGAGGGGCUGCCAGUGGCUGUAAGGGGCGCCUCGGGUCCUCAUGCCCUGGGACAUCUGGAUCUGGACUCCAUCAUGUCCCUUUCCUGGUGCGGCGUUGACCUUGGGUCCUCGUGAUGUUACCACCAGAGGAAGUGGUGAAGGGCACAGAGGGUCUCUCUACAGUUGUUUCUUACAGCUGCACUGUGAAUUCACAAUUUCCUCAAAGUAAGUUUAAUUAAAAAAAAACAACAACAACAAAUGCAAACAGAAGCCUCCCCCAAGCACGUCAUUAACUGCAUUGGUGGAAAAGAAUCACUCACUACGUGUAAACGCUACACAAGUUGGAGACAGAUCCAGGGGCCUCAGAUGCCUCGGUGUAACUUCAUCGCUUCCGAGUUAGGAGACUGGCUCACUGAUACUGCUCUUUGGACCACAGUUACAUUUUCACUGUUGUCUCCUUGUUGGUCUUGGGUGAGGCGGAAUCAGCUGCGUCCACUGGGACUUGUGACCUGGGGCCUGUGCUGUGAGAACGUCCACUCGGGUGGCUCUGCUGGCCCUGGGCCCUCACUUGGGGUGGGUGCUGUUUCCUACAGACGCGCCCAGGUGCCCUCUCUCCAGCCAGCUCCUCCCACUGCAAGGUGAGCGUGAGCCCUGAAGGACCUGCCCUCCUACCUCUGGAUCUCAGGAGCAGAACAGAGCCAGGGCUGAGUGCUGGGAGCCCACUCCGGGGCAGAGGGACGCUGCUUUCCUGAGCUGAAUGGAGCAGGUUCAGACGGGCGGCCUGCGGACAGGCAGCGGUUUCCUCACAUCCACUUUGCAUGUGAUUCAAGAAAUCAUUGGUUGCAGAGUGAGGAGAGAUCCCCCUAACUCCACCGAACGAUACACACGUUGGAUCAACCAGCUGACGCCGGAGCAGCUCCUGACCCAGGUUUUCACCUCAAAUGGCCCCACGGUGAUCAUGCCCACCUGGUUCUGCUCGCGAGCGUGGUUCUCCCACGUGGGCCCCUUUAACGAGGGAGGUCAGGGCGUCCCGGAGGACCUGCUGUUCUUCUACGAGCACCUCAGGAAGGGCGGCGGCGUCAUCCGCGUGGACCAGAGUCUCCUGCUGUAUCGCCACCACCCACAGGCGGCCACGCACUGCGUCCUCGAGACGACCAUCUGGACCCACCGUGUCCGCUUCCUGGAAGAGCAGGCCCUGCCCCGCUGGGCGGCCUUCACUAUCUGGAACGCUGGCAAGCAGGGGCGCCGGCUGUACCGCAGCUUGACUGCCAGCAGCCAGCGCAAGGUGGUGGCAUUCUGUGACGUGGAUGAGAACAAGAUCAGGAAAGGCUUCUACUGCCAUGAGGACUCUCAGGAAAGACCCAAGCCCCGAAUCCCCAUCCUGCACUUCCGAGCCGCCCGGCCACCCUUCGUCAUCUGCGUGAAGCUGGACCUCACAGGGGGCGCCUUUGAGGACAACCUGAGGUCACUGCACUUGCAGGAGGGCCAGGACUUCCUUCACUUCAGCUGACGGACGCAUGGCAGCUGCUCCCAGGUGGGUCUUUUCACUGAAGAACCAUCUGGGUUUAUUAUGUUUCAUUUCCUUUUCAUUCUGCUCUUAUUCUCAUUUUCUUUACAGUUAGUCCUCUGGUUAUGUUCAGCUCAUUAAUUUCCAGCCUUUCUUCUGUAAUGUAUAAUUCACCAUUUCAGAAUCGCUUAAGCACCACUUUAGGUGAAUUCUGUCUGUUGUGAUUAACUUUUAUCUUUCAUUAUAUAUUUUAUAAUUUUCAUUAUUUCUUUUAAAGAGAUGUUUUUAAAAUUUCUGUGUACACACACACACACACACACACACACUUGGGUUCUGUAACUGUCCAUUGGGUCAAGCUUUUCUCCUUCAACCGUGCCUUAUGACACUUUAUUGAAAUGUACCAAUUCAAUAAAAUACACUGUGGUAGUAGGUGAUCAAUUUCUUCUUGAAUGUUUGCUUUAAUAUCUUCUGUGUUACAAAUGUAGGAAAGUUCUGUCAUCUUCCUGUUGAACUGAGCCUUUAAUCAUCAUAUAGUAAUCUAUUCCUAAUAACACUAUUUGCCUUCCUUUAACUGGAGAACUUUGUCAUUAACACAGAGGUUUUAAUCCAUUUACAUUUAUUGUGUCCCAAAAUAUUUAUUUCUAAUUGUGUGUGUGUGUUGCAGCUUGUUCUGCCUUUUCCUCUUGCCAUUCUUGCAUAUUUUGAUGGUGUAUUUUUUAUGCUUGUUCCAUUUCUCUCCUACUAGUAUAGAAGUUAUCUUCCCCAUACAUUAACUGUGUGUGACUAAAUACUUCAACAUGCACCUAGCCAAGCUGAUAACUGAAUUAUCUGCACUCUGUUCCAGGAGAACAUACAGACUUAAGAUGCUCUAAAUUCAGCCACCAACUCUGCCACUGAUUCGUAUGCUGCUGUUGUCCAUUUUAAGCAAUUCUACGUGCUUUAAAAAAAAAAUCCACAUAUAAGCCAUCUUUCUAUGGUUUUAUGGUCACAGUUUAUUGCUUCCCUUGCUCCACAUUCCUCCAACUAUCCAACUGCGAUCAUUUCCCUCCUGCCUAAAGUUUAUCCAUUAAAGCAGUGGUUCUCAACCAGGGGCACCCCCAGAAGAUAUUUGGCAAUGUCUGGAGAUAUUUUUGUUUCUUUUUGUCACAGCUGGGUAGGGGGAUGCUGCUGCCAUCUGGGAUGUUGCUGAACACCCUGCAAUACACAGGACAGCUCUCAAAACAAAUGACUCAACCCCAAAUAUUAAGCCAAGAUUAAAAAACCAAACGGAUAAGAAUGGCAUAUUUUUAUCUAAAUGACUUAAUUUUGUUCUCUUCUUUAAUGUUAUGCUGUGGGCACAAUUCAAGCAACUUGACAGCUAUUUUCUCUCAGCAUAAUGAAGAUCUUGGUCUACUCAUUGCUCAACUCCAGUGCUGCUGCUGGGAAAUUGGUAGUCGUUUAUAUCACUCUGUCCUUCUUACAGUUCUGCAGUUUCACUGUGGCAGGUCUAAAUGUGUGAGACUGUUAGGCUUCUGUAUCUGGGGACAGUUGCAUGUCAGUAUGGAAUAUCUGCAUCAUUUCAUUCUGAGACCCCAAUUACCCAAAGGUUAGACAUUCUUCAAUGUCUCUUGAUGUUGCUUUCAUAUCUUCCAGUUCUCUGGAUAAUGUUUUCAGAUCUUCCAGUUUUCUAAUUCUCUCUUCAGCUGUGUCUAAGCUAUCCAUUGAGCUUUUCAUUUCACUUCUUACAUUUCUAGGGGCUCUGUUUUUUUCUAAUCUCUUCUUGAUAAUUUCUAGCCCUUUUCAAAAAUGUACUCAUAUUAUAGCCUACAUUCUACCAGAGAGGUUUUGUAUUUGCGUCUUCUGCCCUUGUCUGGGAAUACCGCUGGUCAGGGCCAAGUCAAUCAAAUUUUCCACUUUAGGAGUUUUGGGGAUCAUACAGGUAGUAUUAAUUCAGGCCACUUCAGGGGAGAUUGAGAUGAGUCUUGCUGCUGUCCCUUUGAAAAAGAUUUAUUUAGGUUCCCAGCUUUAUAUAGCGGUCCAUUAGAUCUGGCCCUGGGCCUUACAUUCUCUCAUCCAUUCUGCUAUCAAAAUAGCAUGACUAGAUUCCAGGGCUCAGCAGAAACCCUCAGGAUCUCCAAGGUCUCUGCUCUCACAUGGAGGGUUUCUGGUUAGCACCUAGAACGUGUUUGUGGGUACACAAAUCCCACAUCAGCUCCCCGGUCCCAGGGAUACUGGCUUCUUGCUGCUCUCUAAACUCACAAAGCUUGCUCCAUUUCUGGGACCACAAGCAUUCUCUUUUCUGCCAUUGGACACAGUUUGGACUUCUGCCCAAAUGCUGCCCCUUCAGAGAGGUUUUCUGAACACCUCAGAGUCAACACCCAACAUGCCGUUCCAUUGCCCACUUUAUCUUUGUUCAUAGCGCUCAGUGUUGCCUGCCUUGAUGGUGCUUCCUUGUUCAUUUGCUAUUAUCUGCCCCAGCUAUCAUGUGAGCAAGGGGUUCCUCGCCAAACUCUAUCACCUGGACCCUGGUGGGCUCCAGAAACGGCUGCUAAAUGAAAGAGGGCUUUCUAGGCCACCAGGUGUCUGGUGAGCACAAGUGCCCCAGUGAUGGAUGGGAUCCAGUGGGAAAGAGGCAGUGGCCAGUGGAGUGAUCCACUUUCCUCGGGUUGCUAAGUUAGACCGACAUUAAAAGAAGAACUGCUUUGCCACAUAGUGUCACUGAUGGGUCUGGGUGGGUAAUCGACCUGCCUCUAUGUCUUAAAAUGCCAUUUAUCUGGAAUCUUCUUUUAAUUGCACUAAGAACAGUUCAUCAUGUUUUUCUCAGAAGCCACUUGUUCCUUCCAUCCUUGGUGCAUCCCAGGCCAGCAGGAGCUUUGUGAGCUGCAGGCAUGGCGAUGGUGCGCCUCAGUUCCACACCCAGCAGGUGCAACCGGAGUCUCGUGUGUGCCGACCACAGGAGCCAAGCCUUUUCCACUGUGUGGACUCGUGGCCAAGGCUGGGCCUGGUCACCCAGGACCCUCACCACGUGACCCCAGCCAAUCGAGGGGACAGUUCAAGGAGGAGGAGACCCCUAUUACACAGGUUGGAAUAAAAUGUUUAAAUCUCGUAAAAA